AUGAUAAGGAAACCGUAUGUUAAAGUUGAUAAUCUUGAUUUGGGAUCUAUCCUUUCGAAAGAUGGGAAGGUGGUGAAGAUGCAGGAAGAUAAGGAAGCUGAGAAUGCUAAGAGAUUGGAAAAAGCUGUAGUGGUUAAAGUUUUUGGUGAAAACUUACCAUUUUUUGUUAUUAGCUCUGCUUUAAGAAGACAGUGGGAUAAAUUUUGGAAAUUCCACAUAACUGGAUUGGGACUUGGUUGGGUACUCUGCUCUUUUAAAGAUUCCUCCGCAGUUGAUCAGGUACUCACUGGCAGACCUUGGUGGGUUGGUGGACAGGUUGCUGGUAUUGAUAAAUGGUCGGUUAAUUUCAACCCCACAUCGCUCAAAGGUAUUACUUCUCUGGUUUGGAUAAGGCUACCUAAUCUCCCUCUACAAUGUUGGGACGAGAACAACAUUUGUAGGAUAGCUUCUCAAGUGGGCAAACCGUAUCUUCUGGAUGGAAACUUAUUUCAGUGGAGCAGAAGGGAAUACGCUCCUAUUUGUGUCCGAAUUCCAUUAGAUUUGAAAUUGCCUUUAGGAGUAUGGGUGGAAGGUUCAUCUGGUAAAUUUUUUGCAGAAGAUUGA